UUCUGUUCUCACUAUCAGAAUUGACAGUGUCUACCAAACUAACUACUAUGUCUCACCUGUCAGCCUAUCUCCCUGACGUGGAAUUGGUCGAACCAGGGAACUCCCACUCUGGAUCUUUGGCCGUACUGUACAACGAAACCUGGAGAACGCAGGACCCAUAUGCAGUCUUCACAUUGCUUGACGUUGUUCGUGAUAGACCAGAGAUUCGUGCAGAUGCAGAGACUGCAGACAAAGUGUGUGUGUUGCAAUGGCUCGUUGAUGGGGAGAUACCAGUCUACCUUCGCUCUUCCUUUCUAUGCUAUAAAGUCGUUGUGCGACGGGUGUAUUUUGAUUUGUUGGUGUGGAUCUGGUCGUACUUUGGCCAGGGUUGGGGCGAACAAACAGGCUACAAACCGGAUCCGAAGAUAGGGGAUGCGUUGAUUUUUCCUCUGCACAAUCCCUUCAUAGGCUUAAAUGUUGUAUCGACUGAGCAGGCACUGAAAAUGGGCGUUGUUACCACAGGAACACCUGGCAAUGCGUCUCCUCGAGACUAUCGAUUUACCUUCUGGCAGUCUAAAGAGCUGAGGGUGAAAUCUGUAUGGUGUGACUUGUUUGAUUUCCGUGAGAUUCUUGAGAUACGGUCUGUUCAGCUGAUACCAAUGCCAGAACUUAAACUACAGAGCUUUUGUAACGACUACGGUCCGAUUACUCGUCCAGCUUUCAUGCUUGCCGACGAUCCAGGCCAACACGAGAGGCAGAUUAGGGCGAAUCUGUCCAACAUUCAUUGGAAGGAACUUCAACGUGCAAUUUCCGAUCUAGGUGCAGGCUUUUUCGACACCAAAUUCUCUCACAACACAAUUAUUGCAAGGCCUAUGGACAACGACCGUACUGAGUACGUUUGCGAGUUUGCCUCGAAUAAGGUAGUGCAGAUUGUCAUCAAGCACUUCAAACAUCUAUCACACGCGAAGGCUCUCAAACUCUAUCGCAUUUUCUUGGGGAGUCCUAGAACCAGAGUAGCUGCAGGGUAUCUAUUAGAGACAACUGCUUUUGCUGCUCUUCAGAAAGGUGGAUAUUGGCGCCUUCAUUCUAUGAAGAAGCUUCCCAUUGGGGCUGAUAAGACUAAGCAGUAUUGGGGGAGACAUACAGGUGCCCCGUCCUUCACUUUGCUCACUGGACACAAAGGUUCCUCAAUAAAGAUUAGUAAGGGCAUCAAGACCAAUUACAAGCAGAAGGACUUUGCAGAAGUGAAGUGUAUUGACUACAACCCUAGUGACACAUUGCCAGACUCUAAAUCUGCAAUCUGUACAAUUAAUAGUACAGUAGCUGUAUAA